AUGAAGCAUAUCGAGAUGGUUGCAUUUGGUUAUGAUUGUAAGAGUGAGAACUACAAGUUAUUUUCCGGUAGUUUUAUAAUUUUAUUCGAAGUUUAUUCGCUAGGAUCAAAAUCAUGGAAAACCCUUGAAAAUGUACCUUAUAAGUUUGUUUAUCCUAGCAAACCGUCCAAUGUGAUUGUUAAUGGAGAUUUUCAUUGGUUAUCCAAAAGGAAAGACUCUCCCGGUGUUUUGUUAGUCUUUUUAGACAUCAGCAACGAGAUAUUCAAAGAAAUGGAACUACCAAAAGAACCUUUGGAUAAGGGUUCUUGGUUUCGCAAUUUGGGGGUGUUUGAAGGGUGCCUCUGUGUAUUUGUUAAUGCUAAUUGCGUUCACUUUGAAAUAUGGAUAAUGCGGGAUUAUGGAGUUCAGGAAUCUUGGACUAAACAUUGUGUCAUUACCCAUGAUAGAUUCAUGGGAUUCAGAAGCCCGUUAUUGAUUAGUUCUUUUAAGAGUGGUACGAUACUAUUUGAGGUUUCUGGUAAACUAGUGGUAUAUGACCCUAGGAAAAAAAGUGCUAUGGAUCUAAAUAUUCCUGGAUCAAUCCAAUUGCUCCAAGAAAGUUGGUACUUUGAAAGUCUUGUUUUGCUUAAUUCUGGUACUUAUGUCGGGUGUUAG